AUGCCUUCUGAGCAUUGUAAUAAAACGAUAGUUGCAUUUACAAGUGAUGAAGAUUUGAGCCAAGAAGAAUUGUUUGACUUUGAUGACGAUGUUGUUGACGAAUCAGGCGCCGUUAGUGAUGAGACCAAAGAUUCGUGUAGACCAGAUUUAGCAGUUGAGCCAGGUUCUCAACCAAUGGAACAAUCUGAGGACAAGGAAACUGAUCAAGCAACUUCUGAUGAUUCCAUAAUAGAUGAGACAAGUCAACCUAUUAUUCUUGAUGACAAAGGUCCCGAGAGUCAACAGUUUGUUCCAACCCGAGGAAAAAUACGCAAGGCUAGUAGAUCUGAGUCGAAUCAGGAAAUUAUAAGCAUGAUGCAAAAGAUAAUUGAUAAGGAUCCCAGCACAGAUUUGAUAAAUUUCAUGAAAAAAGAUUUAGAGAAGUCUAGAGAGCAUGAACUAAAGCUUUUCGCAAUGCUAUGUAAUACUUCCGGAGCAAUGCAACCGCAUUCAUCAGCACCCAUACCUAACCAUCCAACUGAGAUGUUCCCUGGUAGAUCUCGUGGUAACAUACAGCAUCGCCAAUCUCACCCUUCCUUUGAACCAGGUCCCUCGACUUCUGGUUCAUACAUUGCUAGGGAUCAGUCUAAUAUUUUCCAACGCAUGAGGUACAAUAUGUUUGAAGAAGAUGAAGAUGGUGAGGAAAAAACAUACCAAACACUUUGA